AAUGGAGGCGGGUCCUUUACGUCCAUCUUUAAUGUAGCGCCUCUACUGAGGGAGAGUGACGAGAAGAAGAAAAAUAUAUGUUUUGAAAUAUUUUAAAAUAUUUUGUUCGAAUCAUUUUUGUCGGGGAUUAAAGACAAAGAUAUAAACAAGCAAUAUACAUAUUUGAGGAAAAGGACAGAAGGUAUGAAGACAGCAUCAUAGCCGAGCCAUGGCCGAUAAGAGAAAACUCCAAGGUGAAAUAGACCGGUGUUUGAAAAAAGUGGCAGAGGGGGUGGAACAGUUUGAGGACAUUUGGCAAAAGCUCCACAACGCAGCCAACGCCAACCAGAAGGAGAAAUACGAAGCUGACCUCAAGAAGGAGAUUAAAAAGCUCCAGAGACUCCGAGACCAGAUUAAGUCAUGGGUGGCGUCCAACGAGAUAAAAGACAAACGGCAGCUAGUGGAGAACCGGAAGCUCAUCGAGACGCAAAUGGAGCGCUUUAAAGUGGUAGAGCGGGAGACCAAGACCAAGGCGUACUCUAAAGAAGGACUAGGUUUGGCUCAGAAGGUGGAUCCAGCGCAGAAGGAGAAGGAGGAAACGGAGCAGUGGCUCACGAACACCAUCGACACACUGAACAUGCAGGUGGACCAGUUCGAGAGCGAGGUGGAGUCUCUAUCCGUUCAGACCAGGAAGAAAAAAGGAGACAAGGAUAAGCAGGAUCGUAUCGAGGAGCUGAAGAAGCUGAUUGAGAGACACCGGUACCACAUCCGCAUGCUGGAGACCAUCUUAAGGAUGUUAGACAACGACUCGGUGCAGGUGGAGGCGAUCCACAAGAUAAAGGACGACGUGGACUACUACAUCGACUCCUCGCAGGAUCCCGACUUUAAGGAGAACGAGUUUCUGUACGACGACCUCGACCUCGAAGACAUCCCGAUGUUGGCGACAUCUCCGCAGGGACACAACGAUGAUGAGAUGAGCACUCCGACCUCCACGACGUCGUCCUCUCCUGUACCGCCGUCUCCGGCCACGGCUACCGCGGAGAUCCCUGAAGAGGAGAAGAAGAGAGGCCGAUCUACUGACGGCGAAGUGAGCCAGUCACCUGUGAAGAGCAGCAACCCCCUGUCGUCUUUCUCCUCCUCUUCCUCCUCCUCCUCAGGUUUUUCGUCUUCUUCCACCUCCUCCCUCGUUUCCAUGGCAGCUGUUGUUGGGGGAACGGCGUCGGUUUCUGGGGGCAACACUCUCCUGGGCAGUUUCAGCAGCGCCGUCCAGCAGCAUCCACACAGCAAGCUGUCCUCAUCUUCGUCGUCGUCGUCAUCUUCCUCCUCCUCUUCCUCCUCCUCCUCCUCAGUGACGUCCAGCAGCACGUCCAGCCCGCCCAGCCACCCUAACUUGCCCUCGUCCACCACCCCGUCAGCUCUUCCCUCUUCUAACUCUCAGCCGCUGACGUCAGGAGUUCUUAACGUGGGCAAAGCGGGCACGGCUGUGACCAGCAGCAGUAUGCCGGGCAACAUGGCUGCCGCCGCCACCGUGAUUUCGAGCUCGAUGCCCACUCCUUAUGCCCAGGCGGCAGCCGGAAGCGGCCCGGGUGGACCCACAGGAAAUAACAGCGGCACCGUUUCAGCGGUGGGCGGAGCAAGCGCUAACACUAAUUCCACGCCGAACGCUAACGGGACGCUUCCGAUGAGCUCCAAUGGGGGUGUUUUAGGCCUCGUACCAGCGCAGCCGACGCACCAGGGAGCAGUGCAGUUACCCAUCAGCCCAUCGGUAGGCACGGUGCCAGGGGGUGGAGCCAGCAUGGGCGCUGGAAACGGGGGCAGUACAGUGUCAUCAGGGGGCAUCAUGGGUAACGUGGCACCUGCCCGACCGCCCAGUGUGGUGAAACAAAAUGGAGGAACAAACCCUCUAGCGUACAGCGCGGUGGUGGCCGACAGCAGCUCGGACUCCUCCCUCAGCAGUGCCAGCCUAUCACAGAGCAGCCAGCCCUCUUCCACCGGCUCCUUGGCCAAUCAAACUCUGGAUAACGGGCCGACCCUGCUGAGCUCCAUCACUCUGCCUCCCUCCUCUCAAUCUCCGUCGUUUUCAGACAGCGCCCCCGGUGGUGGGAGUUUGUUGAACGGCCCGCACUCCUACACACCCGGCCCAGACCCCAUAAAGGCUCCUGAGCCUCUGAGCUCUCUGAAGGCAAUGGCUGAGCGAGCAGCUCUAGGUACUGGACUGGAUGGAGAAAUCCCACCACUUCAUCUGACAGAACGAGAUUUGUUUUCGGGAUCCUCCUCCGCCCCUGGCCCACCGGUUCCCCCCCAGCCUGCUGUGACAGAGGUGAAUCUUCCUCCUACUCUGGGGGCGUGUCCUCUAGGCCCCUCCCCUCUCAGUAAAGAGCAGCUGUAUCAGCAGAUCAUGCAGGAGGCAGCCUGGGGGCACAUGCCCCUCCCGUCAGACUCGGAAAGGAUCAGGCAAUACGUGAUGAGGACUCCGUGCCCUCUUUUACCUUUCCACCAUCACACUCCUCCUCAUCACUGCGACUCCAUUGACUUCUACCAGAGACUCUCCACCGAGACCCUGUUUUUCAUCUUCUACUACCUGGAGGGCACGAAGGCUCAGUAUCUCUCAGCGAAAGCCCUGAAGAAGCAGUCUUGGAGAUUCCACACUAAAUACAUGAUGUGGUUCCAGAGACACGAGGAACCCAAGACCAUCACCGAUGAGUUCGAACAGGGAACUUACAUUUACUUUGACUAUGAAAAAUGGGGCCAGAGAAAGAAGGAGGGCUUCACGUUCGAGUACAGAUACCUGGAGGACCGAGACCUGCAGUGACAGGGAACGAAUGAGAGAGAGAGAGAGAGCGUGAGAAAGAGAGAUGGCUACGACGGCAGCUGUUGACAUUCCAGGAGAGGAGUGCAGUCCACGCUGUGAGGAGUGUAAAGUAGGGCUUCAUCAGUGAGAGAGAGAGAGAGACAGGGUCGAGUGACUGUUUACACACAAUGAAAACUCUUUCAAUUAAAUGCCCCCCCUUCUUUUAUCAUCUAAAUAAGCAGAAAAAAGUAUAUUAUAUAUAAAAAAAUUUUUUUUAAAAAAGGUCUUUUGCAAUGGCAUUAAAGAGCAAAAAGCGUCGCUGUUUGUUUGUGCUUUACGAAACGGGCUUUUUAAAGGCCGGCUCUCAGAACCCAACACGAGCACAAACACACAGGACACGCUUUCUAGUAUUUAAAACAUAUCGUGGUUUUUUUCCCCCUGCGAGUCAGAAUUCAGCAAAACAGUUUUAAAUAAAAAGAAGUUAAAUCAAUCCGGACAGCGCUAAACAGAGCUCGGACACGUCCAGGAGGGCGAAGACGGAAAACGGAAAACGAGUGGACACAAUAAAUUGCUAUGCAAUUGAACUCUUCUCGGCCUGCGUCACCUAAACGCCGUUAUUACGAUGAUGAUGAUGAUUCUUAUUACUGGCCACCCUCAUUUUUUUCCUGUUUGUUUGUUUGUUUUUGUAGCAUCUUUUAUCUCCGGUGUGUGUGUGUGUGCGCGCACGGGAAAGGUUUUACAUGCACGUGAUUCCGGUGUCCGUUGAACAACGACACGAGGGAGUUAAAUGAAUUCUAAAAAUACAUAACAAAAAAAAAAAAAACAUUCGAAAAGAUACGUGCUUUUACAGUAUAUACAUUGUGGAAAAUUUUAUUUCCUUCUUGUUUUUCCCCCCCAUAGCUCCAGACAUGUUUUACAUUGUUCUCAGAUUGGGUCACUAAACUACUCUAAAAUCCCUGUUUCUAUAGUUACAGCUUUACCUUUAAUAUGUAAAAAGAUACCCCCUUUAACACGUCACUUUUUAUUUCUUAUUUUAGAAGGGGGAAAAAAACAAACAAACAAACAAGCGAAAUUCCAUCAUCAUCGACUUUGAAAAGAAUUUUUUUUUUCUUCUCAGCACAUGGACUGAAAGUGCAGCUGAUUUGUGAACUUUUCUCCUGAAAUAAGUGAUGUAUAAAUUAAUUUCAUGGCCUUUAGUGGGGCUGAGAGUGGAGAGAAAAAAUUUUAAAGAAAAAAAAAAAAACCCAAGUGUACAAUUUCAAUAAAAUACUUUUAUGAACCAGA